GUGAAUUUUUCUUCUUGCCUCCGUAGGUAUGGUCUGAAUAUGCGUUGCUUGGCGGCUCGGGUCAACUAUAAGACUUUGAUUGUCAUCUGCGCCCUCUUCAGUUUGGUCACAGUACUUCUGUGGAAUAAGUGUUCCAGCGACAAAGCGGUCCAGUCUCCACGGCACUUGAGCAGUGGCUUCAGAGUGGAUGUGCUAGAAAAAGGAGCAGCAGCUUCCGAGAGCGACAGCGUGGCGGGCCGCGUGGCCCGGCAGUCCGUGGAGGCCUUUCCUCAGGAGCAGCAGAGAGCACCGCCCGUCGUCGGGGGCAGCAAGGGGUUAGGGCUUAAGUAUGAAGAAAUCGACUGUCUCAUAAACGAUGAACACACGAUUAAAGGGCGGCGAGAGGGGAACGAAGUCUUCCUUCCGUUCACCUGGGUGGAGAAGUACUUUGACGUUUAUGGAAAGGUGGUUCAGUACGAUGGCUAUGACCGGUUUGAGUUCUCUCAUAGCUAUUCCAAAGUCUACACGCAGAGGGCUCCCUAUCACCCUGACGGUGUGUUCAUGUCCUUCGAAGGCUACAAUGUGGAAGUCCGAGACAGAGUCAAGUGCAUAAGUGGAGUUGAAGGUGUACCUUUAUCUACACAGUGGGGGCCUCAAGGCUAUUUCUACCCAAUCCAGAUUGCACAGUAUGGCUUAAGUCAUUACAGCAAGAAUCUGACGGAGAAGCCGCCUCGCGUAGAGGUGUACGAAACAGCAGAAGGAAGGGACCGAGACAGCCAGCCCAGUGCCUGGGCUGUGCCGAAGGGCUGCUUCGUGGCUAGCGUGGCCGAGGAGUCCAGGUUCACCAACGUGAAACAGUUCAUUGCUCCAGAAACCAGUGAUGGUGUGUCCUUGCAACUGGGGAACACAAAAGAUUUUAUUAUUUCAUUUGACCUCAAGUUCUUGACAAAUGGAAGUGUGUCUGUGGUUUUGGAAACCACAGAAAAGAACCAGCUCUUUACUGUACAUUAUGUCUCAAACACCCAGCUAAUUGCUUUUAAAGGAAGAGACAUAUACUAUGGCAUCGGGCCCAGAACUUCAUGGAGCACGGUGACCAGGGACCUGGUCACUGACCUCAGGAAGGGAGUGGGUCUUUCCAACACAAAAGCUGUCAAGCCAACCAAAAUAAUGCCCAAGAAGGUGGUUAGGUUGAUUGCAAAAGGGAAAGGGUUCCUUGACAACAUUACUAUCUCCACCACAGCCCACAUGGCUGCAUUCUUCGCUGCCAGUGAUUGGCUGGUAAGGAACCAGGAUGAGAAAGGGGGCUGGCCGAUCAUGGUGACGCGUAAGUUAGGGGAAGGGUUCAAGUCUUUAGAGCCCGGGUGGUACUCUGCUAUGGCCCAAGGGCAGGCCAUCUCUACCUUAGUCAGGGCCUAUCUCUUAACCAGAGACCACGUGUUCCUCAGUUCAGCUUUAAGGGCAACGGCCCCUUACAAGUUCCCGUCAGAGCAGCAUGGAGUUAAAGCUGUGUUCAUGAACAGACACGACUGGUACGAGGAGUAUCCGACCACGCCCAGCUCCUUCGUCUUAAACGGCUUUAUGUACUCUUUAAUCGGACUGUACGACCUUAAAGAAACCGCAGGGGAGAAGCUCGGGAAGGAGGCGAGGUCCUUGUAUGAGCGCGGCAUGGCGUCCCUCAAAGCCAUGCUCCCCCUGUACGACACCGGCUCAGGGACCAUCUACGACCUCCGGCACUUCAUGCUCGGCAGCGCCCCCAACCUGGCCCGCUGGGACUACCACACCACCCACAUCAACCAGCUGCAGCUGCUCAGCACCAUCGACGAGGCCCCCGUCUUCAAAGAAUUUGUCAAGAGGUGGAAAAGCUACCUUAAAGGCAGCCGGGCAAAGCACAACUAGAGCUCAGAACCAAAAUCAUCCUUCAGCCUUUGCUGUGCGUAGCAACCACAGCCCCGUGUCAGCAGAGCACAGGCACACUUUAAACAGCUGUAUACUAGGUUUUUGUGGGUCACAUCAAAUGACAAAUGGUCCUUAAAACCGGUCCUCUGAGAUCAUUGCAUUCCACGGGUUGGGUGUUUAGAAAUAUAGGUGGCAUUCAGAGCAGAGAGGUGUUCAGUCAGUGGGCUGAACGAAGACGUCUCACUCGGCCUUGCCUGUCACCCUGUGUAGUCCCCAGAGAGCCCUCCUCUCGCUUUGGGAAGGAAAGCCGUGAGUAUCUCUUCCUGGCCAGCUGGCCAGCACUGGCCUCAAAACCCAGUGUGGGGCUCUUUUAAAACGUGGGUGUUUGUGUUGCCAGCAGACUUCCAAACACUAAUGUGCUGUAAUGCAGUAAUAUGUGCCGUAGCCUGAACAGUGGGCUGUGUGCAGCUUGAAAAGCGCUGUUUCUUUUCUGCACAUCAGUUUCUUGGGAGUUGAUGAGCAUUUGUUGGCAUUUGUUUGUUACAUAUUUGGAGAAGUUUUUGAAUUGAUGGUUUUUCUUGAAAUGUGUAAAUGAAAGAUACAACCAGUGUUCAGGCUUCACAGUUAUACAAUGUAAGCACAACUAAAAUGAAACUUGCUGACUGCACAAGAAAUUACAGAAACAUUGUCUGUCGUACGAAACCCGAUCUACAAUCAGUGAAGGACUGAUAAUCAGUCUGUCCCUCCUCCACCCGCGUUGUGGUGGUUCAUUUUUGUCCCUGUCUAGAAUUUUAUAUUUCAUUUCAGACUAUAUACUCUCAAAAGGGUUUUGUCUAUUUGAGGGGAGGGAUAUUUGGGAAACUUUAUUAUAAACCUGAAUUUGGGGAGGAGCUAGUAAUUUUGAUAAAUCCACUACCGCUGCCUUUUUAGGAUUUUUUUUCCCCUUUAAAGAAAAAUACCAGGUCAGGUA